AGUUCAACGUCUGUUUUUAGAUGCCGACUUUCCUAAUAGCCAAUCAAAUUAUAGCAUAUUUUGCUUUUGGGUUGCACAAGAGUCAAAUUAUUUAACGCCACGUUUUUGUGUGUCAACGAAGUGAUGCGGGAGAAAAUCUGUCAGACUGGUGAUUUAUAGAUGCCGGUAUUUUUAGUUUGGCAUAUGAAACUCAGCUGGUGAACGUUCAUAUCAAAGUUCACAUAUUUUCGUUUAAAUUUGAUACGAGAAUCUAUUAAUUAUUAAAAAUCCGAAUGUGAAUCUAUCAGAAAGUAGAUUUGUAUGUGAUAGAAUUUCUUUUCGAAGAUUCGUUUUGUUUAUCUCUUUGGCUGAGAAUAUUAAUGCAUAAUUUUUACUGUAAUAUUUAAGCAAAAGAUUUGUAAUAAUAGACAUCGAAAUGGUCUUGGAAAGUGUACUUGCUGUAUUUAUUGGACUUGUUCAGAUAUCUCUGCAAUCAGAGUUAAAGUGCCUAGUAUGUAAACAUGUUGUAAGUGAAAUAACUUCUGCUGUGAGGAAAGAAGAUCCUGCUAAGACAAUUCAAGUGGGUAGCUUUAGAAUUCAGCCUGAUGGUUCACAAAAGCAAUCUCAGAUUAAAUAUGCUGGAUCAGAACUACAUUUGAAUGAAGUGCUUGAGACUGUGUGCAACACAUUAGAGGAUUAUGCUCAAGCUAAGCAUAAAGAAACUGGAGAGAAAGUUUUGCUGAACCUGUCUAAAGAUGUAGAAAAGCUCAGCUCACAUGAGUUGGUGCCAGAUCCUGAUCUGAAUCGAAGUCUCAAAUAUUAUUGUGAGAGCUUUAUUGAAGAUUUUGAAGAUGAUAUUAUCAGCAUAUUUAAGUCUUCAUUACAGCCUUUUGAUGAUGAAACUACUGAAAGACUUUGCAUUAAUGCUUCAGGUUAUUGUUCUUCACUUCAUCAUUCUGAAUUAUAGCGUUCUUCAUAACAGAACAAAUGAUUUGCACUCUUGGAUCUGUUACGUCUACUUUAAUAACUUGUUUUUGAUGAUAUGUUUGUGUUUAAUGAACUUUUUUUUUGUAUGUGGACAUACAUUAUAUACUUUUUAAAAACUAUACACUCUAUGUUAAAAAAAGUUGUUUUUAUACUGACAAAAAAUAAAUAAAUAAAUAAAGAACUA